AUGCAGAUGUUUGAGAAUUUCAAGGUGGUGGGUUCCGUUGCUGCACCAUUUACUCCCUUCCAAAGUAAUGGAGAUGUCAACUACGAAAAAUUUGAUGAGUAUGUGGAAUACUUGACAAAUCAUCAUUUUCAGUACGCUUUUUUGAAUGGGACCUUAGCGGAGGGAAUGUCUAUGACAUUAGAAGAAAGGAAAAAAGUAGCUGAAGCGUGGAUGGAAGCGUCUAGAGGAAAACUAAAAAUUAUUCUGCAUGUUGGAACCAGCAAUAUCAAGGAAACCCAAGAAUUAGCCAGACAUGCCAGCUCUCUGGGAGUAGAAGCAAUAGCAUCCCUAUGUCCUUCAUUCUUCAAGCCUGCCAAUGAAGAAAUACUAGUGGACUGCAUGUGUGAGAUCGCCAGUGCUGCUCCAAAUGUACCCUUCUUCUAUUACUGCAUCAACGUUCUCACUGGAAUAUACUUAAAUCCUUCAAAAUUCCUUAUGCUGGCUAAAGAUAAAAUACCAAACUUGGUUGGUCUGAAGUAUUCCUCUGGGGAACUGCCAGACGCCUAUAACUGUACUCUGGUAGACCCUAAACGGUUCCAAGUCUUAAUAGGAACAGAUUCACAAUUUUUGCCGUACUUGACACUUGGCAUCGAUGUUCUUGUGACAGCACAAUACAAGGGAACCUUGUUCUACAAAUUAAAAACGGCGUAUGAAUCCGGAGACUUGAAAACAGCAAAAGCUAUCCAAGCUCGGGUGUUUGAACUGAAUAAUAUACGUGUCCAACAUAGGGACGGUGUAGAGGUAGAAAAAGCCAUGUUUGCUAUCAUAAGUGGAAUCGACAUAGGCCCAGUUAGACUGCCAAUCACACAACUUACAGUAGACAAAUUCAACAUGCUGAAGAAAGAUCUGGCGGCCUUUGGUCUUGCUGAAUAAAACGGCAAUUAACGAACAUUACGUUUGAUAUAUAUAUUCACUAAUGUUUAGGCCUUGAAUUUGUAUUUGUUGAUUUUUUAACUGCUUUUGAAAGACUUAAGAGA